CAAACCUCAGACAGAACGUGACUGGUCACUUACAGCAACUGUACCUCGUGAUACUGUGUUAAUGUAAGCCUCCUCGUCCGCUGGUCUGCAUUGCUUGUGUAUCAAGAGGACAAGUGUCCACGCGUGGCCGGGAUUUUUUUACACGGAGGAUUGUGUUUAUCGUGCUUGUUUCUGGAGCGGCGUGUGCGGCGCGGCGCGAGCUCGCGCACUGCACUGGAGCUAAGACCCUGUGCCUUUGACUGCCAGUGUAGCUCGUGCUCUAAUAAACGUUUUGCAAAGAUCGGACCCUCGCAAAUAGAGACUUCACUGUUGAGAGAGGAAGGAGGUUGCAUUUACACGUGUUGAAUUAUGUUGUUAUCAAAGUUCGGCUCUUUCUCUCAUAUCUGCAACCCGAACGGUAUGGAGCAUCUGCCGGUGAAAAUUCAGCUCCAGCAAGUGAAAAUGGAGCCAGAGCCCUUUGAGAAGGUGUAUCAAGUGGGCUCAGUGCUAGGAAGCGGGGGGUUUGGAACCGUCUACGCCGGCAAUCGGAUUUCUGACGGUUUACCGGUCGCAGUUAAACAUGUGGCAAAGGAGAGGGUCACAGAAUGGGGCUCCAUUAACGGCGCGAUGGUACCUCUGGAAAUUUUGCUGAUGAAAAAAGUAGGCUCCUCGUUCAGAGGGGUGAUCAAGCUGUUGGACUGGUACGAACGAGCGGACGGCUGGCUGAUCGUCAUGGAGAGACCCGAGGUCGUCAAGGAUCUGUUUGACUUCAUCACCGAGAAGGGCGCUUUGGACGAGACGGCCGCCCGGGACUUUUUCCGCCAGGUUUUGGAAGCUGUACGGCACUGCUAUAGCUGCGGGGUAGUCCACCGGGACAUCAAAGACGAGAACCUCCUGGUGGACCUCCGCACCGGAGAGCUAAAGCUCAUCGACUUCGGGUCGGGUGCGAUUCUCAAGGACACGGUGUACACCGACUUCGAUGGUACGAGAGUGUACAGUCCUCCGGAGUGGAUCCGUUUCCACAGAUACCAUGGACGCUCUGCAACCGUGUGGUCGCUAGGGGUGCUGCUGUAUGACAUGGUCUGUGGAGACAUUCCCUUUGAGCAGGAUGAGGAGAUCCUCCGGGGCCGUCUCUACUUCAGGAGGCGAAUCUCCACUGAGUGCCAGCAGUUGAUCAAGUGGUGCUUGUCACCGAGGCCGUCGGACAGGCCCACCCUGGAGCAGAUCUUCGAACAUCCCUGGAUGCGCCCAGCUGAGGUGUCCAAGGUGGAAGAAAGCGACAUCCGACUGCACACCAUCAGUACGGACACUUCAAGCAUCAGCUCCAGCAAGGAGAGCCUUUGAAAGAAACCCUCGCUCUCGUUUGGGGUGGGGGGAGGAUUCUGCUCUUCUGCUGUCCUGCCAUUACCGGGCUUAUGGAGGUCUUCUAGUCCCCCACCCCUCCCUUUUAGGGAAUCAUAAUUUAUUACAGUUUGCAUUUCCUUUAUAUCUUUUUUUAUUUUUUAUUUUUUAAUAAUUGAUAAAGCGUUUCCUGAUGGGGGAACAUUUUGCUGUUUGGAUGGACUUACCAGCGCUAUUUAUUAUUGUUAUUAUCAUUUUAUUAUCAUUUUUCAACGCUGGUUUAUGCAUCUGGCAAGUCUACACAGAUGUGGCUGCUCUCAUAGAGCUUGGACACCUUUUUUAUUUAAAUGUUUUAAUUUUUGAUUUGGAGUGCCUUUUUGAAAGCUGCUUUUGGGGGCUUUCAUCAUUGCUUUUAUGGUUGUGAUUGUGUGCGUGCGUGUGUGUGCGUGCGUGUGUGUGUGUGUGUGUGUGUGGCUUUUUUUUUUUUUUUUUUUUUACCCCCCCUUGAGCUGGUUUGGAAGUCGCACGGCCACUGCCGAUGUCCUCCAUCGACCGCUGCACGCAAAUAAGCAGCCAGCUUGGGGGGUCUGGUGGGCUGAUGGGGGGUCUUACAAUGGGGAGGGGUUGAUCAGUAGAAAUACUUGAAACGCACUCACUUGCUGCGUCUCCUUCUAACGCUGCUCAGUCACAUUUUAGCCUGCACAGGUUGUCUGGAAAAACUGCUCCUCUCCUUCCUUUCUCUCUUUCUCUCUCUCUCUCUCUCUCUCUCUCUCUCUCUCUCUCUCUCUCUCUCUCUCUCU